UCCAGAGCUCAUGGAAUUGUGAUGUCAGAUGCAAACAAAAAGCAUUUUCUUACUGUUGACAGCAAUUCUUCUCAUAUUCACUGCAGUUGACUCCAUUGAACCUGUUUGCUUUAACUGUCACUGCAGUACAUAUGAACUAGACACCAGUAUCUCUUGCAAAAAGGCCAUAACUGAUAAAACCUCAUACUUUACACUGUGGACGCAUAACAUCAGUGUAGUUCAAGGUAGUGAUGUUGUACUAGCCACUGAAGUUAAAUCACAUACUGAGAAAUACUGUUGGUGCACUGAUGCAAAGUUAGAGUGGAAUGGAUUGUUUCAAAAUUCGUCUGGUCGUCUGCUCACUGUUAAAAUUCUGAAUGCUACUAAGACAGAAACAGGGCACUAUUGGGCUGUUUUAUAUCUCUCAGAGAAAUUUUAUUUCUCUGACCCCAUAUUCCUCAAUGUUACAGGACCACCAGAAGUCAUCCCUAGCCCACCAUUGAAGGUAGACCCUAAAAUGGGGGCGCUGAUAGUUGGAAUCUUAUUUGUGGUGAUCAUGUUCUCCGGUAUUUCCAUUCACUGUUUGAAGCUGCACAAAAGGAGUUUACAGACAAAGAAGCGAAAGAAAGAACGCAUGCAAUACGAUCUAGAGUCUGAAUCCCGCAUCCCGCUGGCCCGUUGGGAGCUCCAACAUCCUACCAAUAUAAUCCAGGAGUCGGACACGGAACUGCCAAUAUUCGGACCUGAUCCCCGGCCUCCUAGCGAUCUGGAAGAGGAGGGAUCAGCAUCCAGCAAGUCAGAUGAGAGCAUUGCCAAGUCUUCUGAUUCUCUGAGUAGUUCCGAGGAGAGUAAGGAGGAUAAGAAAGAGGGAGAGGAAGUCGAGGUACCAGUUAAGACACCAGCCCCCCGACAGGAACCCUCAACAAGUAAUAACAGAGUCCACCCUGCACCCUCCUCAGCUCCAGCUAGCCCGCUUAUAAUGGUUCCAAUAAAAGAUGAUAGGUUCACUACAGAGAGGUCCUGGUACAAGUCUCUUAACACCGAGGUUGUGAGCGAGUCCCUUCUAUGCAACAAAGAACACGCAGCGAAGAAAGAAGAGAAAAAGAGGAGGAAAUCCAUGGCAGCCUCACAGAGCAGUCUCGCAAAAGGUUUGCUGAGGGUUGGUGAUCUGGGAUCUGGUGUGUUCGGAUCCAACUCUCACCUAACACAAGAUAAAAUAGACAGGCUGACUGAGGCACACAAGGUUCUCUCUAGAAAUAAGUACAGAUACGGCAUGAGUUUGCCCACCCCGCAACAUGCUGGAACCCGUCCCACCGUUAUGGGAAUAUUCGCUGACACCGUGCCACACAACCACAUACCAGCCGGAGCCACCAUCCACAUCACCAACCCUGACAAACGCAGAAAUCAUGUUCGGAACAUCUUCGGGGACACUUCUGCUCCAAUCAACUAUAGAGACAGAUCAAGAUCGGUUCAGUUCUCAGACGCCAACAUAACGAAGCGUUACAACUCCGCUGACGAUCUAUCGGACCCUAAACCCAAGGAUAAGAAACCUAAGAAGCUGAAGAGUAACCUGAAAAGCAAGAGGUCCCACAACAAGAAUAACAUUGAAGUUGAUGGAUCUGCUCCGGAUGACUAUAGUACUCAUAAUGGUUCAGAACCACGCCUGUCUAGUUCCGGAUCCAGUGUCUCUAAAGAGGAGAAGGUGGUGGUUAGAAGGGGUUCAGCUCCAGCACCCAGUGAUCAGAUCAGUCUGCCCGAGUUAGACCUGACUCCUGCCUCCCCUGUUCCCUCCCCAGUUCAGCUGAAUAUUGAGCCUCCCACUCCUACCUGUAUAAACAACAGGUUUAUUGUUACACAAGUUGAUAGCGACAUGGAAAUUGACCCGUCUUCUGGCAACCCCGCUGAGAAUUGUGUUUCAGAAAAAAAAGUUAAACGAAAAAUAGGCUGGACCAACAGCGAGGUUCCGAUUGCACCGGUUGUACCGGUCGUACCGGUUGAUGUUCCGGUUGUACCGUGACGAAUAUUCUACAAAGAAGCACCUAGCAUAGUAAAGAAAACAGUAAAUGUUGAAGAGUUGAACUGUUGAAGAGUUGAACUGUUGAUUCAGUGGUAGCAGUCUAGCAGAGUAUACACAUACAAGAACAGCUACAGUAGAUCAAGAUAAGAUUCUGAGUCUUCUGAGAGUUCUCGACAACCUCUUCGGCUUUAGCAUCGCUGUUAGUUUGAAUACGAAGCAAAUAAGAAUUGUACACUGUGCAUGUUAGAUAGAACAAACUUUUACCUUAUCGGCCCUGGCCUAAUAACGGACCUGACCAGUGACCCUGACAAUCGAAGGCCUCAUAUUACUCACCUCAUUCUUAAUUAUCAAUUAUCACAAUUAAUUCCAUGCCAUUCAGAUGAAUUCUGUAACGACUGUUUUGACAAAUUUUAUUCAUUGUGGUCGGCAAUCUGCUGGCUCCCAUAUUUUAAUGAAUGUGAAAAUAUGCAAUUUACAGAAAUCGUACGAGUUUUUAGCGGCACUAGUAAAGUCUAGAAUAUAUUGUGUGCUUGCUUUACCGCUAAUUUUGUCAUGUAGGUAGUUACUUUAUUUGGCUUGAUUUCUACGACCAGUCAACGUUAAUCAGCCUGCACACGCACAUCUUCACGAAUUUUUUACUAAUCUUUAAAAUAAAUUCUGCAGUUCAGGAUUACAGAAUUCAGUUAUUGAUUAUUCUUGUUAUAUUAACCAAUAACGAGGAAUUUUCAGUUGUUUUUUAACCAAAUUUUGUAUUUUUUCAGAUGAGAGAUUUUAUUACCUUAAUUGGUUCUCUUUCACAGUUUUCCAAUUUGAAUUAUGUUAUCUAACAUAGUUGAUAUUGUUGGGUAGAUGACGUAAUGUCAUAGGGGUUCACACAUUACGUAAUUACUUUUUGGCCAAAUUUUAAACCCCCUCCCUCCCCCUCCGUAAUCAUUUUUAAACAUAGCUAUUGUGUCAAAAUUACACUAGCGCAGUCAUUUGGAAACCCCUAUCCCCCCUCGGCUGAUUACGUAAUAUUAUGUGAACAACCGCAUAGGUUCUAUUUGUUUCUGAAAGUUUUUAUUUCAGAUAUUUCUUAUAUCAAGUCCCGGGUUUCUUCAGAAUUAUUGCUAUUGUGUUCAUAUUAUUAAAAUAAAGUAGAGUUGUAAGG